CCGACCCGAGGGACAGAGAGGCCGCGGGUUCGGUUCCCGCCCCGAGCGGGUCCUGAGCAGCGUCACAGGCGUUAAUUGCCUAACAGCGAUGAGCAGUAAUCAGUUAAUCCCAGCUAAUUACUUAACAUUAAUUACCGUGCUGUGACACCUGGCUCCACCUCAUGUCCGAGCUGCUCCAGAGGUGAAGGUGUGGCUUAGCAGCAUCUCAGGAGGGUUCCCUUAGUGUUUCCCUGCAGCAGUGAUGCAGAAGGUGCCUGCCCCAUCCCCCCCGCCCCCAGAUCUGCUCCUUUACUCUUGAUCUCAGGACUGCAAAACACCCAAGAGAUUAAGUGACCUCAAAUACACCCUGUACAUCAGAUUCAGUUCUGAAGAAUGGAGGGAUCAGCAACAUGGAUGUCAAGCUGAGGUGGUGGAGGGGCCAUAUGAACACCUGUGGAAAGCAGCAGAAAAAUGGAGUGAAGGAACAUUGUCUUUCUAUGGAAAGCUGGAAUUUGACUGGGUGGGUUGUGAGAAGAAGACUCUGCUUAGCAAAUAUAUGUGAGGCAUCCAAUGGAUGGGCUGAGCCUGGAAGCCACAGUGCUUCUCCAGGCUGGAUGCUGAAGGUCUCCAUCCAGGAGGGACUUGAGCAGCCUCUCACCUCCCAAAAAUCUCGACUGCUGAGCAGCUGCUGUAUGCUGCUUGGAGAUGACAACCAAAAGGAAGAUCAUCGGCCGCCUGGUGCCGUGCCGGUGUUUCCGAGGGGAGGAAGAGAUCGUGUCCGUGUUGGAUUACUCUCACUGUGGCCUGCAGCAGGUGCCAAAGGAGGUUUUUAAUUUUGAGAGGACCUUGGAGGAGCUUUACCUUGAUGCCAACCAGAUUGAAGAGCUACCCAAGCAACUGUUCAACUGUCAGGCUUUACGGAAGCUGAGCAUCCCUGACAACGACCUGUCCAGCCUCCCCACCACCAUCGCCAGCCUCGUGAACCUCAGAGAGCUUGAUAUCAGUAAAAAUGGAAUUCAAGAUUUUCCAGAAAAUAUCAAGUGUUGUAAAUGUUUAACGAUUAUCGAAGCCAGUGUGAACCCCGUGUCCAAGCUGCCAGAUGGCUUCACACAACUUCUAAAUCUGACCCAGCUCUAUCUAAAUGAUGCCUUUUUGGAGUUUCUUCCAGCUAACUUUGGAAGACUUGUCAAAUUGCGAAUUUUGGAGUUAAGAGAAAACCACUUGAAAACUCUACCAAAGUCAAUGCACAAACUGACUCAGCUGGAGAGACUUGAUCUGGGCAAUAAUGAAUUCUCUGAACUGCCUGAGGUUCUUGAACAAAUUCAGAAUCUAAAGGAACUGUGGAUGGACAAUAAUUCUUUGCAAGUGCUUCCUGGGUCUAUAGGGAAGUUAAAACAGCUCGUGUACCUGGAUGUGUCCAAAAACAGGAUAGAAACUGUGGAUUUGGACAUCUCGGGAUGUGAAGGGCUUGAGGAUCUCCUGUUGUCAUCCAACAUGCUGCAGCAGCUGCCAGAUUCCAUUGGGCUGUUGAAGAGGCUGACAACUCUGAAAGUAGAUGACAACCAGCUCACAAUUCUGCCCAAUGCCAUUGGAAAUUUGUCUUUGUUAGAAGAAUUUGACUGCAGCUGCAAUGAAUUGGAGUCCCUGCCCUCCACCAUCGGGUACCUCCACAACCUGAGGACCUUGGCUGUGGAUGAGAAUUUCCUCCCGGAGCUGCCCAGAGAGAUUGGAAGCUGUAAAAACGUUACGGUGAUGUCUCUGCGCUCCAACAAACUGGAAUUUCUUCCCGAUGAAAUUGGGCAGAUGCAGAAGUUGAGAGUGUUAAACUUGAGCGAUAACAGACUGAAGAAUUUACCCUUCACUUUUACUAAGCUCAAAGAACUUGCAGCUUUGUGGCUUUCUGACAACCAGUCCAAGGCUCUCAUCCCGCUGCAGACGGAGGCACAUCCUGAAACCAAGCAGCGAGUGCUGACCAACUACAUGUUCCCCCAGCAGCCCCGCAGUGAUGAAGAUUUCCAGUCGGACAGUGACAGUUUUAACCCCACUCUGUGGGAGGAGCAGAGGCAGCAGCGCAUGACUGUGGCAUUUGAGUUUGAAGACAAAAAGGAAGAGGAGGAAAACCCAGGGAAAGUUAAAGUUGAAAUAAAUCUAAAACGUUACCCCACUCCCUACCCGGAGGAUUUAAAGAAUAUGGUCAAAUCAGUCCAAAACCUGGUGGGCAAACCCAGCCAUGGAGUGCGACCCGAGAACUCUGCACCCGCUGCCAACAGUGACCAAGGGGUGAAAGACAAGUAUGAGCACAAAUGGCCCAUGACACCCAAGGAGAUUUCAGUGGAGGAUGCCUUUGGACAUCCUGCCAGUGAGAUGAGGAUAGGGGAGCUCCGUCCUUCCAUGCCUGAGACUCCGUUGUACCCCCCCAAACUCGUUCUGCUGGGUAAAGACAAGAAAGAGUCGACAGAUGAGUCUGAAGCAGAUAAGAUCCAUUGUCUGAAUAACAGCGUUUCCUCAGGCACUUACUCAGACUAUUCCCCUUCCCAGGCUUCCUCAGGGUCCUCCAAUGCGCACGUUAAAAUGGGCUCCUUGCAGACAACGGCUAAAGAAGCAGUGAAUAACUCUCUGUGGGGGAACAGGCUGGCACAGUCGUUCCCGCAGCCCCUGGAGACCAAGCCAUUGCUGAGCCAGCGGGAAUCGGCUCCAGCCGGGAACCUGCCGGCACGACCGGAACGGCGCCCGCUGAGCGACACGUUCACCGAGGGCUGGACCGACAGUUCCCACUACGACAACACAGGGUUUGUGGCCGAGGAAAGCGCGGUGGAGAACCCCAGCGCCAACCCCCUGCUCACCACCAAAUCGAGGAGCUCAUCUGCACACGGGCGCAGGCCACUGAUCCGACAGGACAGGAUAGUUGGCAUCCCUCUGGAGCUGGAGCAGCCGACGCUCAGAAACACACAUGAAUCUGAAGUGCCUCCUCCCAAUCCUUGGCAAAAUUGGACCAGAACCCCUAGUCCCUUUGAAGACAGGACAGCUUUUCCUUCCAAACUGGAAAGCACCCCCACCACCAGCCCUUUGCCCGAGCGGAAAGAUCAUGUCAAAGAGUCUCCUGAAAUGACAAGUACUUUCCCUCCAGGAAUAGCAUGGGAAUAUCACGACUCAAACGCUAACAGAAGCCUCACAAAUGUCUUUUCCCAUAUUCACUGUCGCCCAGAUCCUUCCAAAAACGUCAUUUCCAUCAGCAAGAGCACAGAGCGGCUUUCCCCAAUGAUGAGGGAUUUAAAAACGAACAAGUUUAAGAAGUCUCAGAGUAUCGAUGAGAUAGACAUUGGUACAUACAAGGUGUACAACAUCCCCCUAGAAAACUAUGCAUCCGGGAAUGAUACUGUAGGGCCUCACGAGAGGGUGGACAAACUGCUGGGCCCAGAGCAUGGCAUGCUGAGCAUGUCCCGCAGCCAGUCUGUGCCCAUGCUGGACGACGAGCUGCUGACCUACGGCAGCGUCAAGGUGCAGCCGCAGCAGAAAUCGUCUGUCACCAAGAAAGUCUACCAGUUUGACCAAAGCUUCAACCCCCAGGGUGCUGUGGAGGUCACGGCCGACAAGAGACUCCUGCCGCCCUUCCAGCUCAACCCCGAAUACAUCCCCCAGCCACCCAAAAACCUGCCCCAGGAGCUGGUGAGCCCGCGGGGGUACCGCGGGUAUGCACCCGUGGAGCCCAUGUUCUCCUUCUCGCAGCCCUCAGUGAGCGAGGAGCCUGUGGGGCCCCCCUUUGGCAGCCAGGGCACACGGCCAGGCUUCCUGCGCAGGGCGGAUUCCCUGGUCAGCUCCACCGAGAUGUCCAUGUUCCGCAGGGUCAGUGAGCCCCAGGAGCUGCCCCCGGGCGACAGGUACGGCCGGGCCCCGUUCCGCGGGGCGGCCGAGCGCCAGAGCGGCAUGGCCGUGCCCGAGGCACAGUUCCUCAAGCGCAACGGGCGCUACGAAGACGAGCUCCCUUCCUACCAGGAGGUGAAAGCCCAGACUGGGAGCUUCCCAGUUAAAAACCUCACGCAAAGGAGGCCCUUGUCCGCACGAAGCUACAGUACAGAGAGCUACGGCACAUCCCAAACCCGGCCCGUCUCAGCGAGGCCGACAAUGGCAGCGCUGCUGGAAAAGAUUCCGUCAGACUAUAACUUGGGUAACUAUGGCGACAAGCCUUCCGAUAACAGUGAUAUAAAGCCAAGGCCUCCCCCUGGGAAGGGAAAUGAGAGCUGUGCUAAAAUGCCCGCUGACUGGAGACAACAGCUACUUAGACAUAUAGAAGCUAGAAGGUUAGACAGGACCGCUGCUUACAAACACCACACAGUUAGCCUUGGCAUGCUGCACUCUGGAGGGGUUUCAGCAAUGCAUGCCGGCCGAAGCAUGACUUUAAACUUGCAGACUAAAUCUAAAUUUGAAAACCAAAUGCUUCAAGAGCUACCUCUACCGAAAACCCCGUCGCAGCAGAGCAGCAUCCUGGACAACGGGCAGGACGAGGUGUCCAUGGGCAGCCAGUGGAACCCGUACCCGCUGGGGCGGCGGGACGUGCCCCCCGACACUGUCACCAAGAAGACAGGUAGCCACAUCCAGACCCUCAUGGGAUCCCAGAGCCUGCAGCACCGGAGCCGGGAGCAGCCCUACGAGGGGAGCAUGAACAAGGUCACCAUCCAGCAGUACCAGCCACCCCUGCCCAUCCAGAUCCCGGCAGCCCAGAGCUCCCGAGCCCCCCAGACCGGGCGGUGCCUCAUCCAGACCAAGGGCCAGCGGAGCAGCGACGCCUACCAGGAGCAGUUUUGUGUGAGGAUAGAGAAGAAUCCUGGCCUGGGGUUUAGUAUCAGUGGUGGAAUAAGUGGACAAGGAAAUCCAUUCAAACCUUCCGAUAAGGGUAUCUUUGUUACUAGGGUUCAGCCUGACGGCCCCGCGUCCAGCCUGCUCCAGCCCGGGGACAAGAUCCUGCAGGCCAAUGGACACAGCUUUGUACAUAUGGAACACGAGAAGGCUGUGCUUCUACUGAAGAGUUUCCAGAACACGGUAGACCUUGUUAUUCAACGUGAGCUUACUGUCUAAAUAUUUUUUUAUAAAUAGUAAAUAUGUCUAGCCAGAUCUAAUGUUCAAACAGAUUUAUACAUAGGAAACCAAUUUUUUGCCAAUUGCUGGACCAAUGGCAAACAGUAGUGCCAAAUGUAUAAUACUCUAUGUUAGUACCAAUCAUCGGGAAAAAUAUAUUAACUAUAUAAAUAUAUUGUUCAUGUGGCUCCGUAUUAGUUUUACUUGUCAGCCUCUGGCUGUGCAUUGGUGCGUUUUUUUAAUCAAGUUACUUCUUAAAGUCGAUUUCAUAUGAUUUCAGAACACAGAAGCACAUACAAAUCCUUUAGGAAUUCUGCUGUCCAUCAGAAACACUGCCUCAGAGUUGUAUAUGCCUUUAUAAAGAUGAACUAUAUUAACCUGUACUUCCCAUGAAAUAUUUCUAUCAUGUCACAUACAAAAGUAUAGAGAAAAAAAUAUUUUCAUAAACACCUCAAAGAAAGUAUAUAUUAAAUUAAAUUUAAUAAUGUUCAUUUAUUUUCAAUGCAAAGAUAUUCUAUGCCUUAUGAAAAUACCUGUACAUAUGCCGUGUGUAUAGUUGGCUCCGUAGGGAUCAGGAACAAUUCAUAUACAGGGUGAGAGACUUCUGAAAUUGAACUCUGGGACCUCGGUACAAAAACCCACAUGGAAAUGGGUGAACUUCCUUUGGAAUGGGUUAAAACUUCCUUUAGGAUGUGUUAACUUCCUUUGGAAUGGGCCAGGUUGGAUGGACCUUGGAGCGACCUGGUCUAAUGGAAGGUGUCUCUGCCCAUGGCAGGGGAUGGAAUGGGAUGAGCUCUAAGGUCCCUUCCAAGCCAAACCAUUCUAUGAUUCUAUGAUUCUGACUUCCUUUGGAAUGGGUUAAUCCCUUUGGUUUGGCACUUCCCAUGGAUUCCAUGUGCACACACUACAGGAGAACCCCGAGGACAGGCAGGUUUGGCGCACAGAUGGAGGAAGGUUGUGAUGGUGGCAGUAAAACUUCUUUUGUUGCUGCUAAUUUUAUUAUUUCACUUUUUUAAUUUCCAAUUCGAGGCCCUUUACUCACAUCCCCCAUUCCCAUGGACAUUGUUGUGUAUCUUCACUGGCUCCAGGCUGGGCCGGGCCCUGCUUGGGAUAUUCCCAUCGGGAAGGAUUUAUGUGAUCCUUGAUUUGAUCAGGAGUCCUUUACAGGGAAUGGGAGCAGGUUUGAGAGCUGACACAUCCCAGGGAGCAGCAGGUGACACUGAGUGACAGCAAGCCAGCCUGGGAGGAGCGUUCCCAGCUCAGGGCACAGUGUGACAACCUCUCAGGUCCAAGUCCUGGUGCUGCUCCCAACAGAGUCCUGACAGCUGCUGGUGGUUCAGGGCUCCAGCAUGGUUAUACCCGAUAGCAAGAUGGAAAAACACAGGGAAACCUCCCUUCAGGUAUUUUCAGGGGAUCCCAUUUCCCUGAGAAAGGGCUGAGGGAGAGCUGGCACCGGGCUUGUCUGUGGCUGGGCUCAUUCCCACCCAAAAAUCCCACGUCCAAGGGUGCAGUCACAGCCCACAGACACAGCCAGGAAUAUUCCACUUCGCUGCCUCCAAGAGCCACUAGGAAUUCCUAAACCUUCCUUCCCUGGCUGUGGUACCUUUUGGAGCUUUGCUGGGAGCAGAGGGACAGAGCUGACCCCUGGAGAGCUGAGGGGUCCCCCUACACAGGGGGUCCUGCACAGGGCGAUGGUGGGGGAGGAAAAAGAAAGCAAAAAAGCUGCUUUCAGAAUGCUUUUUAAAAUUUUUUUGAGGAAAAAGUCCAGCCCAGACCCCAGGAAGCCUCCAAGACCCCCCUUUUCCCAGUGCCAGCUCACAGUUCGUAUCCAGGUGAUGACAAACUACAGGAGUUAUCAGCCAGGUGUUCCAACAGCAACAAUUUAACAUCUUCAAAUCUUGCUUUUUGAGAUGUUUUAUAACACAUCCCCAUCUGCAUCUGUGUUUGGUGGCAGUGCCAGCCCCUGGGAGGGGACAGGAGAUGCCAACUGGGGUGGCUGUGCCCAGCCAGUGGCUCUGAGCAGGGACCAGGCAGGACAAUACUGGGGGUGAAUGGGGCAGCUGAGAGCAGAGCCAAGGAAAUCCAAGGAAAAUCCAAGAAAAAAGGAGUAUGGAAUGUCCAGGAUAUUGGUUUGCUGCUGUUAGUGAGCACUUGGAGUGUAAAAAUGUUGGUUAAAGCCCCUUCCAGUGCCUAAAGGGACUCCAAGAGAGCUGGAGAGGGACUUUGGACAAGAGCCUGGAGGGACGGGACAAGGGGGAAUCACUUCUCACUGCCAGAGGGCAGAGUUAGAUGGGAUGUUGGGGAGAAAUUCCUGGCUCCAAGGGUGGUGAGGCCCUGGCACAUGUUGCCCAGAGAAGCUGUGGCUGCCCCAUCCCUGGAAGUGUCCAAGGCCAGGUUGGACAGGGCUUGGAGCAACCUGGUCUAAUGGAAGGUGUCCCUGCCCAUGGCAGAGAGUAGGACUGGAUGAGCUUUAAGGUCUCUUCCAACCCAAACCAAUCUGGGAUUCUGUGAAACCUCUCUGCUGUAAUAUAGCAUUAAUUACCUUAUGCAAUCAGAAAUGCUUAUUUAUAGAUGUGUAUAUAUCUGAUAGGGAGAUUUGCAACAGGAAAUGCAAACCCUGUAUUAAAUUACAAAGGCACACAUUUGGAUCAGCUGAGACAGGCCACAGUGUCAGACCCAGGUCUGUACAGGAUCAGUGGGGAUCAGGGUGGUUGUUCCUGGGAAUUGUCUGUGGCAGGAGAAGGGCCGGAGCCAGGGCUGUGCUGCCCAGUCCAGCUCAGGACAUGGGGGGGGUGGUCCAUGUCCCCCAGCCAGGCAGACCCUGUCCAACAGGAUCAGGGUUGGACAUGGGUCACACACAGGCUCAGGAGGUGACAGAGCUGUGGAGUAACCACCCACCUUGGCAGGAUUUGGCCAUAAACACACAAGAACUUCCACCUCAACACGAGGUAGAACUUCUUUCCAUGGAGGGUGGCAGAGCCUGGAAUAGCUGCCCAGGGAGGGCAUCCCAAAUCCACCUGGACACAUUCCUCUGUCGCCUGCUCCAGAUGACCCUGCCUGGGCAAGGGGUUGGACUGGGUAAUCUCCAGAGGUCCCUUCCAACCCCAGCUAUCCUGUGAUCCUGUGAACUGGUGGGAUUUCACAGUUAGAAAUCCCACAUUGGGGAAGGUGGGAAUUCUCUCUGCAGUCCGAGCUCCCUGCCCAUGGCUGGCAUGGCCCCUCCCUUCUCUCCCUUCCAGACUCCACAAUUCCCUUUUGAAGCGCACAAAGCCGUCUGGCCUCAUCCCCUCAUUCCCAGGCACUCAGGCCCUGGGUCAUUCCCUGUGGCCGUGCCGAUACAACUUUCCGGGCAGUAGUUUGAUGGGAUACGGAUCCACUGGGGGUUUGGGUGCUUGGGAACAAGGCUGUUGGCACCGUGGGCCACUCCAGGAGCCUGCAGGGCUACCGCCAACCCAAUCCCAAAAGGCACCGUUUUCAAAUCAUGGAAUUGAAAUUAAAAAAAAAAAAAACAGAAAAACAUUUUGCCAAUCCCCUUCCUGGAUGAUUCCAGCCGAUUUUGUGGAAGUGACUGAAUGACACCAUUGCAUUGUGUGAGGACCCCCAGCCCUGGCACUCAGGGCCUUUGUCUCUGGGCUGCCUUGGUGGCUCAUGUCCCCCCCUCGUGUCCCCUCCUCGUGUCCCCUCCCCGGGCAGGGCACUCGCUCAUCACUUCGGUUUUCUACCUGUGAGUACUGUAUCCGGUUCAGAACCAACAGCUUCCUUUAUUAAAGAUUUUACCAUUUUAUAAAAGACAUGUUUAAUUAUGAUGGAGAUGGCUGUAUUGUAAUUAAUAUUUUGAGAUAAUUGUGAUUUUGAGCUUAAAUUAUAUACAGAAAUGGUCAUUUUUGUAUGUGUUCAAAGAUUGCUAUAUUCCAGAUGACUGUACUUUUCAGUUGAAUUCCAGUAUUCCUGUAAAUAAAGCUGAAUGAGGAAAUAUUUACUACUUUAUUAACAUAGAUUGUGAAUGUACUUCAUGUUUUUUGCAGUAUAAAGACUUACUGAACUUGAAAGCUGCUUCAUUUUAUGUGCAAAAAGGUACUUCAAAAAUUCUAUUUUAAAUCUAUUGAUUGAGUGCAAUCAACUCUCGUCCCUUGGCACAUGCAGGUUGUCCCCUCCCCGUGCCCUGUGGGGCCCUGGCCCGUGCGUGUGGUGUUAAUGCAUUUUGCAGAUGCUUCUGUCCAUAGGGAGCCCAGGGACUGAACCGCCGCUGUGCAGUAUUAGCAGAGCCAUUUUCGGCUUUGGUGUACCCAAAUUUUUCAGUAUUUAAAAAAAAAAAAAGUGUUUUGAAUAACAUUAAAAAGUCUCUUUAUUGUAUAAAUAAUAAAAACGUCACCUUAUU